CUGGUCCUGGUCUAGGCCAGAGAGAAGAAAAGAGAGAGAGAGAGAGAGAGAGAAGAGAGUGAGGGGGGAAAGCAGAGCUUCAGACAAAAAUGACUACAUUCUGGGUUUGAGGCUUCGCUGAGCGGUGUCUCAGGGUGCUCGAGACUUGUGAGAGUAUGACGUCGAGGCUGUUGAGAGCUUGUGUCUACGCCAGCCUCUUCUUCAAUGACCAAAAGUUUGUGAGAAAUUGACUUCCUAACAGGACUAGUUCUAGUUCAGACUGGAUUAUCUGUACCUUGUGAUUUAUUAAGAGUAUCAGUUUCUUUCAUGUUGUUUUAUUUUCAAUUCGAAAUUGUGUGUGUGUAUGUAUAGGAGGAUUUUGUAUUUUUUUGUUUGAUUCCAGAGAUUAAUAAUAAUAACAUUAAUAAUAAGCUAGAAUAAUCUUGUACGCUAUAAACACAGAGGGUGUACUGACAUGAUACUAUGUUGACUUGAUUCUUGACACUACUGUGCUUCUGGAUAUUACUAUAAAUGACCAGUGUGUGCUUCCGUACUUAAAAUAAUAAUGCUAACAUUAAUUCUUUUAUUUGGAUAUAACACCAAUGCCAACUAGACAUUUUGGAUUAACUUUGGAUACAUUAGAGCUGACCUGUGUUUGAUUUGUUUGGAUUAGCCGUGAAUUCAUUGUUAUUAACCAGACGUAGGCCUACGUUUGACUGGAUAUCUGUGUAUGGAUUAGAGCUGGAUAUCUGUGCAUGGAUUAGAACUGGAUAUCUGUGCAUGGAUUAGUACUGGAUACUGUGCAUUUUGUGUGCUGAUUGAGCAUGGAUUAAUGUUGGUGCCUCAACUCCUAGCACAACUUGAGUGUUGAGAUUGUGAACGAGGACAGACAACGUUUGAGAAAGUGUUGUGCCUACGGUCAUUCGUGUCCAUUUUGACUGAACUGGUCACCCUCGAUCGCGUGACCAUGGAAGACGAACUCCGGUGUCCCGUUUGUUGUCGGUUCUACACCAAACCCGUGCUCAUGCCCUGCGCACACUCCCUGUGUGUGGCCUGCGCUUUGAGUUGCCAGGAGCCAGCCCAGAAUCUCCUGCCUCAGUCCAUGUCCUCGGCCUGCUCCGAGUCGGACAGCGGCACGGUCAUCAGUGACCACACUAGCCUGCUGGACUUCCCAGACAUAGACAAACUGAGCAUCGUGAGCGAGACCGACAGUGGGGUUGUGUGCAACAGCCGCCCUAGCAGCUAUGUCGGCACCCCCAGCGUGGCCAACAUCUUCCUGCAGAGCUUGCAGAGCUGCAGCUACGGGAUCAAGUGCACCGUCUGCGAGAGGCUCGUCUUCCUGGAUGAGAACGGCGCCCUCUCCCUGCCAACCAACCGGGUCCUGGAGGCCAUCGUUCACAAGUACCAAAAUCAGAGCAAAAAAGUGGAGAUAAAGUGCGAGCGUUGCCUGAUCGACCACCGCCCGGCAGCGGUCAUGUGUGAGCAGUGUGAGGUCUUCUUCUGCGAGCCAUGCCGAAAUCAAUGUCAUCCUUCUGAGGGCAUGUACGCGAAGCACAACCUUGUGGACCCCACUCAGGGAGACAUGAUCCUCAAGUACAAGCGUCGAAACAGCAAGGAGCACAAAUGCGGUGAGCACCCAUCGGAAUCUCUUGGAAUGUUCUGCUUGUCCUGUCGACUUCCGGUGUGCAGCGUAUGCGCAAAAGACGGCCGUCACAUGACACACGAAGUUCAGCUGCUCCCUACAAUGUGCAAGAAACAAAAGAGUGAGUUGUCUCAAAAUCUUCAAGCCCUGUCAGAAAAAGCUAAAUCUGGCACAGAAUUUAUACAAAGAUUAAAAAAGAUGGCAGACAGUGUCAGUGGUAACUGUGCCGAGUUUGAAAAGACAGUGGUCGCGCAAUGUGACGCUCUGAUUGAAGUCAUAAAACAGAGGAAAGCGGAGCUUUUGGAAAACGUGGCCGAGGAGAAAGCGCUGAAGGUCAGAACCUUGAAAGAACAAGUCUCUGAUUGUACGGCUCUACUCCAAAGGACCACAGGCCUCUUACAGUUCUGUAUAGAAGUCUUGAAAGAAAGUGAUGCUACCUCAUUUUUACAGGUGUCUUCUGGACUCAUUAGCCGAGUGGCCACAGCUGACGCCAACUUUAACAAAGAGAUGGAGCUGGCGCCCAGGGUGAGUCCGGAGUUUGAGCUGACCCUGGACAACACUCCGGCCAUCCACGCCAUUCAGAACAUGAGUUUCUUCCAAAUGAAAGAUGGUAUUAUAGCUCCUGGGGCGCCGGUGAUCAUACCCGAGGACUGUUCGUGUGAGAACAACAGCGUUACUAUCGCCUGGGCGCCCUUGAUGGGGAGCGUGGUGGAAGCCUAUACCCUGGAGUUAGAUGACGGCAAUGGGGGCGAUUUUAGGGUUGUGUACGUGGGCAGAGAGAUGAUAUGUACAGUGGACGGGCUACAUUUCAACAGCAUCUACAACGCCCGAGUCAAGGCCCACAACCAUGCCGGAGAGAGCGAGUACAGUGAGAUUAUCUCCCUGCAGACGGCAGAAGGUAGAGACGUGAGAGACCUGUCUAGCUUUGACUGGUACGAGCUGGGCGGCAUCCUCGAGAGGCUCUCCAAAGUCUGACCUAAAAACACCUAUUUUCGAUAGGUCCUUGACAAUUUUAGAUCGCGAUUAAAAAAAAAAAUAUUAGUGACUAUAUCAAAUUAAUUUUUUUUUAUUUUAUAAUUAUUUUUAUAUAUACAGAUCCAAUAGGAUGAACAUAUCAUAGGCAUUGUGACCUUUCUGACAGUGACCUUUUAUAUAUAUUUAUAUAAAUAUAUAUUUAUAAUUUAUAUGUAUCUAUUGUAGGGUUGUGAUAUAUAAUUCAAAUAGUAGAGUAGUUUAUACUUUCUUAACAUGUACACAUGUUUAAUGUUCACGUAGAGAAUUGUUCAACUUAGACAGUAACACUAACAAUACUUAGAAGAAUAUUUACAACUAAAUAUGAACAAAAUACUUACCUCCUAUAUUGAAUUAGUAAAGCCAUACUAAACAGGGGCCAAUAGAACCAACUGUAUUUCAUUUAAUGACAUAAUGAAACAUCCACAUUUCACUAAAGCAUCUGUCCAAGAUUGUUGCUAUUUACCAUAGACACUCUGUGACCAAGCCAUUAGGACUAAAUAGAUUAAUAUGUUUAGCUUUGUUAUGCUGUAUACUGUCCAACACUAUCUAGGAGAAAGGAUACGUUCCGGAAGAGUUUAUUUAUUUAUUUUGAAUUCAUU